AUGUUCCCUGCUACGUACAAUCACAGUCACCUUGACAAAUCCGCUCUGCUGAUUCGCCAGUUGCUUUCCGCCUCAGGCCCACAUCAGGCCAUCCGCGACGUCACCAAACAUUUUCCUUUCCGCAACGGCCAGGCACCGUCCUUUGUCCACCAUCCAUCCAUCACAACUCGCAUCGCCAUCAUCCACGCGCGGAAAAUACCUACUUCUACCGCACCGAGCAAUCAGCAAUUUCUCCCUGCUGCCUGCUCACUGCCAGCGCAACCCCUCGCCAUGGCGUGCCCGAUCACCGUCACAAAGUUCAUCGGGACCAUCUCGCUCGGCCUAUUGACCGGCCUCUCCUACUCCGCCGCAACCAUCACAAUCCCCUCCCUCUCCCUCCUAUCCACCUCCACCGCGGCCGCGAAAUCCCUGUCCGAAGUCAAGCGGCUUACCCGCAGGCACGCGGUGCGCCUAACAAACAUCUCGACCGUCUGCCUGCUCUUCGCGUACGCCGUGUCCCCGCGACAUCGGAAACACCCGUAUUUGCUGUGGAUGGCGGCGGUAUCGACGCUCGGCACGUACGGCGUGGACUUUUGGUUCCAUCGUCGAGUUGGCGGGUGGGCUUGGGGGUGUGCCCUUGUGAGGGAUUUGGGGUGGGCGGGGUGCUUUGGGAAGAAGCAGAGGAAGGAGGAGGAUCUUGUGGUUGUUGAGGCGGAGGCGGAGGCGGAGGAGGGGGUGAAUGGGGAGGUUGUGAGGGGGGAGAUGGAUGUUGAGCGCAGGAUGCAGGGGGUUCGGGCGGUGUUUGCGGGUGUUGCGUUGGCGAUGGGCAUUGUUGGGCUUUGGGGCGAUCGGAGGCCUUGA